UGAAACUUGAAUGAUUGGAUCGUCAGGCACAGCACAACUAAGAAUUGCGGCUCAGCACGAUUCUUCAACCUCCUUUUGAAACACGAUCACUUCUUGUACGGGACCGCCUCUAUCUCGAGAACAAUCCAUGAUUACAGAACUCCCGAAGAUUGGACAACGGUCAUAGCAACAACUCGUUCAAGGCGCAUCGCAUGCAAUAAUCCAUAAGCCCGCCGCGGAACUCAACAACGUACCGCCGCCAUGGCACUCGGCGGCCUUGGAAUCUUCUUCAUAACUCUCUUCGUCUUGAUACUAAUCGCCUACAUAAGUUACAUUGUAUACAUCGAAUACAACGCGCGCAAACGCGGCCUCCCCAAACCCUCAUGGUUUCCCUUCCUCAAACGCCGUAGCAACCCGAACCCGCGAAGCUACCAAAACCCAUCUCCCGCACCCGGCGGGAUCAUCGGCUGGUUCAAUGACAAAAUCGCCUCGAUCCGGAACAGGCGCACCGCCGGCGGCGCCUACGAACACACUAGCUACAACAGCGGCGUCGGCGGCACGCCUGUCGUCGGUCGCGGCGGCGCGGCCUCCGGAGGCCGUCAUGGCUUCGGACCGUUAGACCCAGACGAGGCAUGGGAUGCCCGUGUUGACCAUGAGACGAGUGGAUACUACGAGGAGCAGGAGAUGGGAGAUGCCAGUGGCGGGAUGUAUCAUGGCACAGGAUACUCGAAUGCGGCGCAGCGGCAGCGGGAGUUGGAUUCGCGGUACGAUGAGGAGAUGCAUGGCGGUGCGGCGGCGGGACCGCCGAAGGGUGCUGUGCCGAGAGAGAACCCUUUCGGCGAUCAUGCGGCGGUGGGAGCGAGUCCGACGGAAUUACGGAGUGUGAGUCCCCGGCCGGCGGUUGUCACGCAGACGCAGGGGGCUGCGCAGCAGCAGCAGCAGCAGCAGGGGCAUAAGAAGGGGAAUCCGAGCGUGGCGACGUUAGGGAGUGCGGAUGAGAAUAGUCCGUUGGAGAGGAGGAGUAUGUUCCGCGAGGAUGUUUGAAGAAGUUGUUGUUUCUGCCUGCGAAAAAGAGGGGAGAGCUGCGGAGAAGGAACAUGUGUAGUAGGGCAAGAGGAGAGGAAUCGUUUCUUCGUCAUUACAUUUUUCCACGAUUGUAUGAGAUUUUGUGUUUCUAGUUCCAUGCAAGCGGAGAUGUUUUGGUGUAGAACGCUGUGAUUGGAGAAGUAAUCCGAGCUGCAGCCCCAGCAUCGACUGAAUGCGCGUGAUCAAAUAUCCCAGGAGACCUUUCCCAGACGAAUAUCGUGAUUGUCCGCUUGAGUCGGGCAGAGAGCCUGUCCUCGGGAACAUUUGAGGACACAUGAGAAUGUGGUUGAUAUGGCAGUCAUCAGCGCAUCUAGUAAUUGUACAUGUAAUUGCACUCCAAUCGAGAAGCAAUGAG